AUGCCAUCAUCCACAGCGUCAGUCGGUGGAUUGGCGUCGAAAAAUUUACCGCUAAAGGCUAUUCAGCCGACACAGAACUGGACUUUUGAAAAUGUGUUGGCAUUGAUAAACAAUUGUCAGGAUCCAUACAUUUCAGAGGCAUUGGAUGAAUACUUGCUACUUAUUAAAGAUGUCAUUUUAAACCCAUCACCCUUUUCUGUUGAAGAACCAACAUCGACGUCUAAGAUCACAACGCAAGAAAUAUCAGUAAGAGGUAUACUAUACACGAAUAUCACCAAACAAAAUAUCCAAGAUGGGGAAUUGAUCCAAAAGUAUCUUAACUUGGAGCUUAAGGAGAUUGUCAGGGUCAUUGACCAAGUCUGUAAAAAACUUCCACCUAAAACUGUACUCAAGUUAAAUUUCAAAAGCAAGCUCAAUGACGAUAAGGCCGCUCAAUUGGAUAAUGAAAGAAUAGGGCUUUAUAUUUACGAUGUACUACGAGAAAGAAGAACGGUUUUAAAAAUUGCACGAGAGAGCUUAGUUAAUAAAACUAAUCCGGAUACAUCUUUUGUUAUACGAAACAUUGGUAAAGAAUUGUUCUUGUCGAAAGACUACAUUGAAAAGUUGAUCAAAACUCUCCAGAAUACUUUGGACUCCAUUGUUAGUGAAUCUUACAAAACUGGUUUAUCCAGGGAAAUAGAUGAUACUAUUUUCAAUGAGUCGAUAUUAUUUUCUAUCGACUUGUGUAAAGUUUUGAUUGAAGCUGCUGCUCAGAAUCCUUUGGUGACAAAGGAUCUAGUGAAACAAUGGUUUGAGUUGAUGCAACAAACAAACUUUUCAAUUGCAUUAGGACCCCACUUAAAGCACCCAGAGUCAUUUGAGUUGAUUAAAACAUUAUUUACAGUGAUAUCGAUUGAGUUUCUUGAUCUCGAUAAUGCAUAUGACUCAUUAGAUGAUGACAGCGGCUCAUAUGUAUCUGAUGUGGAGGUGUUUUCGUUCAUCAAUAACGUUGUCACUAGUGAUUACAGCGACAACGCGGUUAUAAUUUACUCAUGGGGAAUCAUCCUUUUGAGAAAAUCGUGCUUUUAUCAAGAGUUUCCCACCUCUUCAUCUGCCAAAGCAUUUGAAAGAAGUUUUUCUAUUCUUUCAUUGGAAAGCAUUAUCAACCAAUGUAACUCUAAAAGUUUGGUGUUGGAUGUUUUUGGUUCAUUAAAAGUUUUAAACGAAAGGGCUAAAUUUGAUAAAUUGUAUUCGACCGUGUUGUCAUCAGUUAUUACUGCCUCCAUCGCAUUGUUGGAGUUGACUCCGCAAAUCACAGAUGCAAUUGCCAGCAUUAUCAGAAGCUGUCCAAACACUGUCGUUGAAAAAUUCUUCAACAAUGAAGCAACGAUUGAAGCGUUCAUAAUCGCUAGAGCGAAAUUCCCGCUCUUGCUAUCGCCAUACAUCAAAUUAGCUUCCAUAAAUGGUGACUUUGCGUUGCACGAGUUUAACAAUAUGAAAUCUUAUAUUCAAGUGUACAACAGAGACUUGUUUGAUAAAUUGUACCAGAUUGACGACCAAAACCCCGAGCUAGUGAAAUUGACUGAUGGAGUGAACUUGUUCCCACCAUUUGAGUCAAACAAAAAACUCGCAAUGGCUCUCACCUCAGGCACCCGUGCUAAGAUGCUCCCCGCUGCCAAUCCCAACGAAGUAUUGGUUACAUUCUUGCAUGAAUACAAUGGUUGGGCUUUUAUUGGAAGGGUACUUUACAAUAUAUCAAAGGGAGUAGUCAGCAUUGACGAAACAAAGGAAGGGUUGAUUCUUGAUAUUUUGAAGCUAAUGAUUAGUGUUCUGACAGAUUGUGGUGAAGAUGACAUUAAGUUGAUGUUGGAGACUAUGUCAGCAUACACCGACGAUUCUGAUAUUGUUGAAAUUGUUCUUCGAUUUUUCAAGCAAUCUUUGCACACCAGGAAUAUCGCUAUCCUGUCUACUGUGUUGAAAUUGUUGUCCAAGUUGUUUCCGAUUAUCGCAGAUAGAAUUUGGCCGUACUUGCCCAAAUUGUCAUUGUUCACUCAUGAUGGCAAAGAGGGUCUCGCAUCGAGAAUUUUUGGUGCUGUGGAGAUAGUCAAUGGUGAUUUCCGUUUUUCAUUGAAUCUUGUUGAAUUUGCCAAUGCAUUAAUCAGGGAUUGUAUCAAACUUCCAACUACUUUCAACAAACCCAGAGAGGGUGUUAUUUACCAAAUCGUUUCUCAUUUGGUGUUUUUGUUUGAAAACUUUUCGCACUGCCAUUUUGCUCGUGUUUAUGACAAGUUCAAGCUCGGUAGCUCAAUAUUGGAUUUCCUCACCACCGUUUUGACAACAACUUUCGGAGUAGAGAAGGACUGUGUACCAGAGAAAAAGCUCACAAGGGUGUUUGCCCUUGGAAGCAAGCAUAUAUUGAAUUGCUUUUUGGCGACCGAUACAAACUACACCCGGACGAUAUUGCCGUUGAUAAAUGUAGUUGAUGAAACCACUCGGAAUAUUGAUUUGUUCGAAUUGACUGACAUAUCUGGAUGUUUGUUUGACGAAUGGAUUUCCCAUUCCUUUUCAUUUGCUGAGUUAGUUAUCAGUUUGCGAAACCAAUUAAACUUGGCUCCACUGGCCUUAGAGAAAAUAUUAUUCGAAAAAGCGUCAGAUUUGGUCACCAUUUUUGCCAACAACGAGUCCUACAAGUUGAGUUCAAUAAAAUUACUCACGAGCUUGAUAGGAGGAAAAUGGGAAAAUGAGCCAACGCCUUCAUUGUUAUCUCAUUUAGGGCAUUACGAUGCACAAGUCUUGAAGCAAUCGUUGAUUUCAAGCUUAAAGAAUUCGUUGGAUGACUAUAAUUUGCGAGCAGCUUUAAAUGAAUUUAUUUGCGCUGUGAUGAGGAGCCGACAAGAGGGUCUCGUUGUGUUAUUCAACACUGGUAAGAAUGCAUUUCCUUUAACAAAAAACACGAGUGAUUCCCUGUAUAACGAACCGGAAGGCCUGAAUGAGUCUGUUGUACAAGUUUUGAAAAAAAGUGCUCGAGAUAUGAAAUACUAUCCAAAUUUUGUCAGUCUUCAUUUAAUUGACGCAAUUGCUUUAUCGUGUAAUUCAUGGACAACAGUGAAGGAGACUAAAUUUGAUAAAGAGUUUAUUCAGAUAAUGAUUGAUCGGGUCAAAGUGCAAACAAUAAAUGCGCCAAAAUCGAUUGACGAAUUCAUCGAUAGAAGCUACGAGUUGAUGUUGGUGGCGAAGAUUGCCGACAUUCUUGCAUUGUAUCUAUUCACCACCAAAGAUGGAACAUGCCGCAAUCAAAUAGUUGAAUUCAUCAACCUGGGACUGUUCAUUGAUAUGGCCAAGCGAAAAUUUGAAAUUAAGCAUUAUCAACAUUCUUUACAUGCUGAUUUGGAAAAUUCAUUUACAUGCUCAUUUCCAAAUCUCGAGCUUGCGAAAUUUACGAGCUCAUUAAACAAACCAAACACUAUUGGACUCAACUCAAUCUACAAUGUAGCAUUGAUGGACAAGUUAUUUCACAAUCAAGUCCAGUGGCUGGAUAUUAAAGAACAACUCAUUGCAUCCAGUGUGAAUAGUCAAUACUUGAUGGCUCAACUCACCGCCGCAAAGUCGUUUGGUACCUUGUUGGCAAGCUUUUGUCGUCGUUAUCAGGGCCCAUUGAACCAGGACUUGUUGAAACUAGUUGAUUUCUUGUUGAAGGUUGAUAUUGCUGAAAGCAUUCCUUCGGAACAAUUUCGUCAAAUAUAUUUUGAUCGAAUUGAACUUGGUUUUUUUAUCAUUUAUUCUUUUUUCAAUGUCCAGGGUGAUACCAAACGUGAUGAAAACGAAGUAGUGUUUGAAAUUGUUAAAAGUGCAAGCACAUUGUUGUCAUCAAGUAGCUUGAAUUUUAUUACUGAUUUGGUUGCGUCAAAGGGCACUUAUCGACCUUUGUUACGGAUUGUGUAUUGUGCAUUGAAAAUGAUUAAAGGUGAAUCAAAGACUAUUGUUAGACAUUUGAGUUUGUUUCAAGAUUUGUUUGAUGCAAUCAUCAUCAAAGGCAUCAAAUCUUUGUCAGUUGAAUUGCAAAAUGAUGUUUUCAUGUUAAGAAGAAGCAACGAUAAAGACUUAUCGCGAUACAAAUUUGCUGAAAAAUUUGAUGAUUUACAAUUGAUUUUAUCAAUUUUAAAAGUAUUUAUCGCAUUUAAACCAGAUGAGCCGUUAUUGUCCCUGUGUAUUGCGUCGUCUAUAAAACAAGCCGGCACAGUAAAGACAUUGUUGCACAUGUACACCAUGUCGUAUGCAAUUGAUACUGGUGACGAAUUUGCAUUUGCGCAAAUGAGUUUACUGUACUUGAUGGAAUUGAUGUCAAUUGAUUCAAUGGCGCAUUCAAUCGUGUCAAUGGGUCUUUAUGUGACUUUGUUGGAGAGUCCCAUUUCACGUCCAAUACGAGCUGGUGGACUUUCGGUAUUGAAUGAACUGAAGCAUUAUCGAUUAUGGAUCGAUGGUAUAUUGCCGAUAAUUAUUGCCAGCAUAUCAGUACUAGGCGCCUCAAUUGUGCCUGAAAUUUGUGUUGCGUUACAAUUAUUCGCUAAACAAAUUGAAUAUUGUGUCAAUAGUUGGGGCCGUGAUUCAUCAAGUUUGAAAAUUUCGAGUGGUGCUGUUUUUGAAACUAAUCAAAUAUUGGUGAUUUACAAUUUAUUGAAAGCAAUGAAUGUUGGGGAUUAUUUGAGUUCAACAAUGUCGGACUGUAUGGAUCACCAAGGAGUUCGUCACGAUGACUCCUUUGGUGAUUCACGCGAUGAGGAUAGUGAUGCUUCCACUGUAAUUGAUAUGAGGAUCUUACCUGGAUUGGAUUCAGAAUCAAAUCGUGAUGAUUUUAUUGAUUGUAUUGAUAAUCUACUUAAACAUCCCAAAUUCCUCACGUCAAGAAUAAUUGCCAGUUCUGCUGAAGAAAAGAUGAUUAUUGAUCGGGGUGGCGAAAGAUAUGAAAUGUUUGUGAAGAGCAUUUUCGAAGAUAUUAGAGAAAUGAAGAAUAGUUUAGCAUAG